AUGGAGUGGAAACCCUUCUUGUUCACUGGCCUCUCUCUGGCCUUGUGUGUGUUUCUCAACCUGACUCUCGCCACCCCAUCUGGACCUGCUUCGGCCACCUGUGCUACACUUGAGCAAAGCCGCUUUUUUGGUGUCUUCUCAUCCAAAACGGCACUUCCUGCAUCCCCAUGCUCAUGGACCCUGCAGAAUCCUGACCCUCGUCGCUACACUGUCUACAUGAAGAUUACCAAGCCAACCGAAUUUUGCACACCACGCCAGAUCAAGACCUUCCAGUUUGACUCAUUCCUGGAGACUUCACGAACCUACCUGGGCAUGGAAAGCUUUGAUGAGGUAGUGCACCUGUGUGAUGCUACAUCUUCAGUGGCCUACCUUGAGUCCAGCAAGCAGUUCCUGCAGCUCAGGAAGGUGGUGCCUCACAUUGGGACAGAGCUCAUGGUGGAAGAAGAUGGAAAUGAUGAUGAGGGCAGACAGUUCAGUGCUGAGUUCCUGGUUGUGGGGAAGAGGAACCCAAGUGUACCUGCCUGUGAAAUGCUCUGCAAGUGGCUUGAGGAUUGUCUGGCAACCAGUUCCCAAGGCAACCCUUGUGGAAUCAUGGCCACACCAUGCCAGUGCUGGGAGCCACCCAAGAGGAGGACAGGCGGGUGCUACAGGGGUGGAGUCUACACAGAGAAAUGCACAGCCUCUAUUAGAGACAACAUCAGGGAUGCUGAGAUCAUGAAGGGUUGGUCUGGAUGGGUCCGCUGGUCCGAGUGCAGCAACGAAUGUGGAGGUGGUGUUCAGGUGCGCAGCAGAGCAUGUCAACCUGAAGAUGGCAUCUGUGAGGGUGUGGUUGAGGAAGCCAGAGCUUGUAAUCCCCAACCCUGCAUUGGUAAAGUACGCCAGCGUAGCCAGGCUCUGCGUUCCAUCAUCGGCCUGAGGAGAGACAACGGAGAGGAGAUAACAGUUCCUCAAGCUGAUGGAGUUCAGGAUCAGUGGUCCUCAUGGAGCUCCUGUUCUGUUACCUGUGGUGAGGGCUGGCAGAGUCGCACACGCAACUGCAUGUCAUCCGGAAACAGCGUUAUGUGUAUUGGCCCUUUGAGAGAGAACAGACCCUGCAACAACUCUGUGGCCUGCCCAGUGAAUGGAGCCUGGGACGAGUGGGCACCAUGGAGUCUGUGUUCAUCUACAUGUGGUCGUGGCUACCGUGACCGUGUCCGUACCUGCAAACCACCCAAUAAUGGAGGAGAACCAUGCACUGGGCCCAGAAAACAGACCAAAUUCUGCAACAUUGCCGUCUGCCCUGUUGAUGGUUCCUGGAAUGAAUGGUCUGCCUGGAGUCCCUGCUCUGCCUCCUGCUCCAAUGGAACCAUGCAGCGCGUGCGAGAUUGUAACGGUCCAUCAUAUGGAGGCUCGGAGUGCCGUGGAGACUGCCGUGAAACCAAAAACUGCUUCCUCAGAGACUGCCCAGUGGAUGGGCGAUGGCUCUCCUGGAGCUCUUGGAGCAGCUGCAGUAAGACAUGUGGAGGAGGCAGCCAGCAAAGGCAGAGGGUGUGUGAGGGACCAUUCUUUGGUGGAGAACCCUGCAUUGGAGACAAAUCUGACAUUCGGCACUGCAAUGAGAAGAGAUGCCCAGAACCCCAUGAGAUCUGUGGUGAGGAAAGCUAUGGAAAUGCAGUGUGGAAGAGAACUCCAGCUGGUGACACCGUUGCUGUUCCAUGCCCCUCUGAUGCAACAGGCCUUGUCCUUCGCCGAUGCACCCUGGAUGCUAUCGGUUUGGCCUUGUGGGGAAACCCUAGCUACAUCAAAUGUGUCUCCAGAGAAUACCAAGAUAUCCAGGCACUGACCCGUGAGCAGUACUCCAAGGCCAAGACAGGAGUGCAGGUAGAUGGUGUGUCUGAAAUGCUCUACAGGCUAAGGAUGAUCUCAAAUGAUGCAACAAAGUACAGUGGGGACUUGCUGGCGGUCAUGGAAAUGCUGAGGAACACUUCAGAGGUUUUCAGAAGUGCUGGUUACAGUGUCAUUGAUGUAGAGAAUUAUGUCCAGACAAUCAGCAAUUUGCUGAAGGAGGAACACCAUGGCAAAUGGCAAGAAGCACAGCUGAUGGGGGUGAACAUUAGGGAGCUGUUCAGCUUGUUCGAAGACUUCGUUGACAUCAUUGGCAAACAGAUGAGAGAUUUCCAAGAUAUUUAUGAGAUGACUGAGAACUUUGUGCUGAGCAUUCAGAAGCAUCCCAAAACUAUGACUUCAGAUGUGACCUUCCCCAUGAAGGGAUGGAGAGGCAUGAUGGAGUGGGUCCGCAAUUUGGAUGAGAAAAUUGUAGUGUCACGCAAUGCCCUCAGUCUGGAAGUGCCAGAUGCUGAAGAGAGCACAGGCUUCAUAACUGGCAUUGUUCUCUACAGAAAUCUGGGCCCUAUCCUGUCAGUGCAGAACAACAGCACCUUGCUGAACUCGAAAGUUGUCAUGGUAACAGUGAAGCCUAACCCCGGUUUCCUGUCUACCCCAGUUGAAAUCGAGUUCCCUCACCUGCACAAUGACACCGUCAAUGAGACAUGCAUCGCCUGGGACGAGAGUGAAACUGAGUCGUUGCUGGGCUCGUGGUCGGCACGCAGCUGCAGAGCGCUCGCGCUCGAUUCAGGCAGGACCAAGUGCGCGUGUGACGCUCUCUCCACGUUCGCCAUCUUAGCACGGCCGAAUCCCGAAUCGAACAUGGAUAAGAACCUGCUGCCAUCGGUUACUAUGAUCGUCGGAUGUGGCGUUUCGUCCUUGACGCUGCUACUGCUCAUCAUCAUCUAUGUCUCUGUUUGGAAAUAUAUACGCUCUGAACGCUCAGUCAUCCUCAUCAACUUCUGUCUGUCAAUCAUCUGCUCUAACGCUCUCAUCCUGAUUGGUCAGACACAGGCUCGCAACAAGGUCAUGUGCACCCUGGUGGCAGCCUUCCUCCAUUUCUUCUUCCUCUCCUCUUUCUGCUGGGUUCUGACAGAGGCGUGGCAAUCGUAUAUGGCUGUCACUGGUCGUCUGCGCAACCGCAUCAUCCGUAAGCGCUUCCUGUGCCUGGGCUGGGGUCUGCCGGCGCUCGUCGUGGCUGUUUCUGUGGGCUUCACCAAGGCCAAGGGAUAUGGCACGGUCAACUAUUGCUGGCUGUCUCUUGAAGGAGGGCUUCUGUACUCAUUUGUUGGACCUGCCGCUGCUGUUGUGUUGGUGAACAUGGUGAUUGGUAUUCUGGUCUUUAAUAAGCUUGUGUCGAAGGACGGGAUCACAGAUGUGAAGCUGAAGGAGAGGGCAGGGGCGUCGUUAUGGAGCUCUUGCGUGGUUCUCCCCCUGCUGGCUCUGACCUGGAUGUCAGCUGUGUUGGCCAUCACAGACCGACGCUCGGCUCUCUUCCAGAUCCUCUUUGCCGUCUUUGACUCACUCGAGGGCUUCAUCAUCGUCAUGGUGCACUGCAUCCUGCGACGAGAGGUACAAGAGGCCGUGAAAUGUCGUGUAGUCGAUCGUAAGGAUGAUGGGAAUGGUGACUCUGGGAGCUCGCUACAGAAUGGCCACACGCAGCGCCUGGGUGACUUUGAAAAGGAUGGUGACUCAAACAGACCAGGUGGCAUGAAGAGCUCUUCAGAAGAAAAGAUGCCUCUCCCCCAGCUGCCUCUUCCCAUGGGUCCCAAUUUCCACACACUGCCCUCCAAGCCCAGCGCCAAGACUCACAUGCCUCCCAUGCCUGACUACUCCAGCCACACUCUGACCCUGCGUCGUGAUAAGAGCCGUGGAGGCGAGCCCCCCUGCUCCAAGCCCAUCUACGUGUGCGACAGCGACAUCUUCACUCAGAUGGACCCCGAGCUGGUGCAUGUGCCGACUGAAGGUGGUGCUCCUGAUGCAAGCGGCUACAUGCUGAUGCCCAACACCACGUCCACUCUGCGAUCCAAGCCCAAGGAUGACAUCUCUUCUGCCAAGUACAACAUCAGCAUUGAGCAACUGCCUCAGGCACGCAUCAUGCAUCUGGGCAGCGGAUACGCUGAGCCUCAGGCUGCUUAUGCCACCAAGCCAGUACCUGCUGACCGUGCCAGUGUAUCAUACUCAGAACGUGACUCACCCCUGCAGAACGUGCACAAUAUUUCCAGCGAGAGCCAUGUCACCAGUUUGCUAGGAGACACCUUUGACUCCAUGAACUCUAUGAUGUCGAAGAGUGAGACCAUCUCAACACUGUCCAUGAGCUCGCUGGAGGUCAGCGAGGGGAGGCAGAAAUCUCGUUAUGCUGAGCUCGACUUUGAGAAGAUCAUGCAUACACGAAAGCGCCAUCAGAACAUGUUUCAGGACCUCAACAGGAAAUUGCAUCAUGCUGAGAAAGACAGAGAAUCACCCGCUUCUGACAGCAAGUCUGUGAGGUGGAGUGUAUCUUCUGCAGGAAGUGACAAAACAAGCCACAGUGAUAAACAACAAGGACUGGGUGAGCGUUCAUGGGAGACCAUGCCCCGAUCGCAGGCAUCACCGCCAUCAUGGGUACGGAAGGAGCUCGAGCCUUUGGCAGCAUCACCCUUAGAGAUGCCCUCUGUUGAAUGGGAGAAGCCUGGCACUGCCAUCCCACUGGUAGGCCAGGACAUCAUCGACCUGCAGACGGAAGUGUGA